AUGGAGAAUUCGGCCGAGGUGGAUCCGAGAAAGGACAUCAUCGCUCGAGGGAUCAUUAGCGAAGAACAUGCCCGAGUCAUGUACGAGCGGUUUAUCGGGGGAAGCAAGAACUUUUUGGGACUCUUCGAUCCUAUACGCGACACCUUUGACUCUAUGCGUUCGCGAUCGCUGUUCUGUUUCUCUGUAAUCAUCUACCUGUCGAGUCGUGCCAUGGUGGACCUACGGAGUGACACGCAUCUGCAACGCGUACUCCAAGACGAAGCCCAGAGGCUGGCUGAAGACAGCUUCUUCGAAAGACCGACGAAGGUGGAGACUGUACAAGGAAUGAUCCUGCUGGCUGCGUAUUCCGAGAAGACCUGGUUUUCAACAGCAUUGAUCCUCCGCACCGCACUUGACUCCGGUCUAGAGAAGUCACUGGAUAGACUCUUGUCCCAGGAGACUGUACCGCGAAGCUCGCUGUCCGCUUCAUUGGAAGAACGAAAGCUAGUAUGGCAGACGAGGACAUGGCUGAUCAGCUUCACCCUGGAAUUAGAUGUAGCAUCUGGGACUGGACGCAAAUCACGUAUCAAUGAGGUCGAUAUUGCGACGCUACGGAAAUUUCUAGAGUACCCUCUCUCCCUUCCGUGCGAUAUGCGCACAGUGUCUAUCAUUGAAAUCCAUCAAUUGCGAGACGAGAUCGUCACCAAGGAGCUGCCGGCGAUCAUGUCAAGGCUACAUAAUUGGUGGGUUACAUGGGAUGAGAUCCACGAAAACAACGGCUUCCACGCUGGCGCCUUUCAACGGUGCAGCCUUAAGCUCAUGUUGAACUACGGCCGGAUCUUUGCCCUCUGCGCUUCAUUGGCCCGGAUCCAAAGGCUACAGUCUGCGGUACCAGAGCCUGACCGGCAGGAGGAAGACGUGCUCAAUCUUUGGAAAUCCCUUGUUAGUACAAUAAUGGACCAACUGGGAUUCCUGAUUAUAGAGACGUCCUAUCGUUGCCAAUUCCCCUGGGCCCCGACGUAUCCAGCCCUGACCAUUGCCUUUGUCACAACCUUUGCGUUACGUAUCGCUCGCUGGCGACCCGCUCUCAUCGAUCAGGAGCUACUCCUCGAAAGGGCGCAGCAAAUAUGUGAUUUUCUACGACAGCCGCCUUAUCCAGAUAUCCAUCGGACAGUUUCAAUAUUUGUCACAUAUGCCCGAGCCCUCAUUGCCGACCAACGGCCACCACCCAGCCCAGACGCAGAGAUACCCAAUGCAAGUGAUGCUGAUAAUGCCAGGACAACCGCACCACAAGCAAGCCUCACCAAUCUUGCACCUCCAGCGGGACUCGCGGGGCUAGAGGAUCCUAACAACAGAGGUGGGCCGGCCAUGUACCACGGUGGAAGAGAAGGGAUGGUCUCUAUUAGUGGAAAUGAUAAGCCUGCAGUGUGCAGACCGCCGCUCCCCAAGAUCCCCGGCGCUGUUGAAGUUCCCAAUUGGACGCUGUCGAAUUCCAUCGCGGAUUCGUUCGGUCUCUUCGAGGAGGAGCAGAACGACAUUUUUGAUUUCCUGCCGGUCAUGCCUUCGAUGCCGUGA